AUGGCGGCCGAUUCGAAAAAAUUAAAGCACAAAAUUUGGUAUGUAUAUUAAAAAAUGCCUUUCUUGUUGCCUUCACUCGUGUCAGUUUGAACUCAUAAGAUGUAUCUCUAUUACAGUAUGGUGUGUGAUUUCUUUUACCCCAACAUGGGAGGUGUAGAAAGUCAUAUUUACCAAGUUUCUCAGUGUCUUAUUAACAGAGGCCAUAAGGUAAUAUUUGAUACGUAUAUUUGGGUAUUGGCUUUUAUAGAAAUGAAUGUUAUAUAAUGUACUGUAGUUAGCAUUAUCUCACUGAAAUCGGUCUUGUUUUUCAUGCUUUUGAAAUGUGAAUAAACGUUUUUGUAUGUCAUAAAGCCUGUUCGAAUGAUAUGAAAAUAUGUGGAUUAUAUUGAGCAUGAAGUUAAGCAAUAACUCAAUUUCACCACCGUCAUCAUUUUUCUUCCAAGGUUGUCAUUAUUACUCAUGCUUAUGAAGAUAGAGUUGGUGUUCGAUAUUUAUCAAACUUUUUAAAGGUUUGUUGAUAAGUUAAAGCUUAAUGGAGUAUUCACACUGAUCCAUUCAAAACUACCCUAGCCUGUGUCACAGAUGAUAGAUUGUACCAGAUGUCUCACUGUGUAUCCAUCCCUAUGAUUUUCGUGUCCGCGAUUUUCACGAGUCGCCAGAUGACGCGUGCGACACUUGCUGCCAAAAUGGCGCUUACUGCCAAAGUGUGUGAUUGCUCACGUUUCAUGGCGUGGAUUACACUUACUGCCAAAAUGGCGGCCAAUGCGUGCUCAUAAAAAUCGCUGACACAAUUUUGGCUGAGUAAGACAUCUGGUAUAAUCUAUCAUUUGUGCCUGUGUGCAGUCCCAGACUCCCAAAGGAACCUUUGGGAGUCUGGGACUGCACGCAGGCUAAAACUACCCUGGCCAUCUUGCAUAUGGGCAAGAUGUGGAGUGUCCACCCUCACCCCCAAUUUGCAAAGUUGGGUGCAAUUUCCAUCAUGAAUUUAUAAAACUUAAUUUUGAUUAUUCAAUGCUGUACUGGUUGACAAAUGUUUUACAGCUCCCCCUUUCCUUGAAAAAGCAUGUGUAUAUCUCCCCUACCUGAACAACCUAAAUCCACAUAUCUUGCAUUGAUUUAAGAAAUGAUAGACUUGUUUUGUAAUUUGGAAAUAAAGACAAACGUCAGUCAAAUGUCACCACAUUUACACCUCACAUUGACUUUUUUUACACUAAAAAUUCUAUUGAUAUGAACUCUGUAAGCUAGGUUGACUGUUGUUUUCGUUAUUUAUCUUCAGGUGUAUUACCUGCCAUUUACAGUCUUCUAUAACCAGUGUGCUUUGCCUACAAUGUUCACCACAUUACCACUGAUGAGGGAUGUUUGUACCAGAGAGAAUAUCACAAUACUUCAUGGACAUUCGGUAAGCCAAAAAACACCAGUUUUAUAAUAUAGCAUAAUAAUAAUAAUAUACUAUAGAAUUUUAUUCAUCAGCCCACAAUUGGCUUGAUAUGUGAAAAAUUUCGAGCAAUUGGGUUUGAGCAAAUUAGCAGACACUCAAUUUUGACAAUAUGAAACAUAACUCAAAAUAUGAACUUGGUGCCCGGUUCCCUGUUGCAAUUUUCAAAGGCUAACUGCAAAUGUUUUUUUUGAAAAAAACUAAAUAUACAGGCAUGCUUACUGGGUUUUCAACAUAGCCUGAGGUUUGAAAUAACAAUAAUAAACGCAUAUUAAAAAUUAAAACAAGUCACAGAUGAGCUUUUUAAAUUGUAAAUUUGAAAUAUUUCAGGCAUUUUCUACGCUAUGUCACGACGCCUUAUUGCACGCCAACUCGAUGGGAAUUAAAUCUGUAUUUACGGAUCAUUCAUUAUUUGGAUUUGCCGACGCAAGUUCCAUCAUUACGAACAAGUUUUUGGAGUUCUCGUUGGCGAAUGCCGAUCACAUUAUUUGUGUCUCUAAUACAAGGUUCGUAUUAUGUAUACAGUAUGAAUGCUAAUCACUUCCAGAGCCUGGAGUCAGGCCGUGGGCUGUUGGCCAAAAUUAUUUCGCUUUGUGGCACCCAUGUGGGAAAUACUUUGUUUGGCGUUUAUUUGAAAGGCAUAUAGGUACAUCACUACCAAAAAAAGUUCCCAAGCAAAAAAGUUGCCCAAUCCCGAGAAAAUGGGUGAUCAAUGAUUAUCCUCUAUUAAAUUGUAUUACAGCAAAAAAAUGGGAAAUUCUGUAUUCAAUUACAAUAAAAAUUACUUGCAUCAUCGGAAAACAUACAAAAAACCGCACAUAAGACUUUUAAACAGUUUUUUGAUUUUUCAAAUAGUAUUUGAGUUAUUGCUGUAUGUGAAAACUGGACCAAAAUGUCGCAAUAAGGACUGGGUACUAGGUCAAAAACGCGUUUUUGACAGCGUAUAACUCGAAAACAAUUAUAGAUAUAAAAAAACUGUUUAAAUGUCUUAUAUGUAGUUUUUUGUAAGCUUUCUGAUAAUGCAAGUUUGUAAGCUUUCUGAUAAUGCAUUUUUGUUGUAAUUGAAUACAAAAUUUUACAUUUUCUUGCUGUAAUACAAUUUAAUAGAGGAUAAUCACUGAUCAUCCAUUUUCUCGGUGUUGGGCAGGUUUUUUGCUUGGGAACUUUUUGUGGUAAUUAAGCAUCUAUGGUUCUAUGAAUUGAACCACAGAAAAUCUAUUUCCCAGGGGGGUGCCACGAAAUUGCUUUUCUAGGCACUUUUUUGCACAACAGCCCACAGCCUUCAGGUGAAUAUAAUGUUUCUGACGUUACUCUGAGUGUAUAUCCACACCGGGCAGACUGAAAAGUUAUGCUGACCACGGUGGGAAUUGAACUCGCGACCUUUGGGAUCCCAGUCCAAUGCUCUGCCAACUGAGCUACGAGACCAAGUCUGUUCGAGUGUGUGGUAUUUCGGAACUAAGUCUAGUAAGGAAAAAUCCGACAGUAAAUUUUGGGCACUUGCAAAUGUUCCAAGUCCGUCUCUCCCUACUUUUCUCGGAUUUUACUACAUCCCGGGCGUUCUUUGUCAGUGCCCGCGGUCACAAUUAGGAUUAUCAGCAGUUGAGUUUGCAACUCAAUAGACAAUAUUCAAACAGAUUAUAGCAGAUUAUUAAAAUUUUGUUAAAUCACUUUAACUUUUAUACCGAUCCCAAACCCUAACCGGCCUAACUUAUGAGAAUUAAUAAAGGCAGAAAAAGAAAUUAUUUUCAAAAGUUUUGUUAUUAUUUGCAAUACUUACACUGACACGGGCAGUUCAUGCUCACAUUUCUCUGUGACUACAUUUUAGAUAACAUCACUCUGUAUCUCAAAUUUUUUGUGUCAAUUUUCCGUCUUUAUACACGAAGGAAUUAUCAGACGAACUAAGUUCGUCCAGUUGUUCAUUAAAAUUAGGCCAUCUCCUUCAUUUAGUAAAGAGAACACAGUGUUGAGAGCGACGGUCAGUCCACAUCUUGUGUCCGUUAUACCAAAUGCCAUUGAUUCCUCCGCAUUUAUUCCCGAUCCUUCAAAACGCAAUCCUGACUUUAGUAAGUAUUGACGAUAGCUUAUGCAAUUAACAUGCAACUAGUUGUCUGAUUAUAAUUUUAUUUCAGUCGCUUCCAGCGUGAUUCUAUACCUAACAUCUUAAUUCUUAAUUUGAUUUCUCACAAUUCAUUUACAUACAGACAAGGUUGGUUAUUGACACUAGUACAGAACGUGCAAAAAUACAACAUUAGGGAAUUUAAGCUUCACGUUUGCGGGAACGGCAAGGCCGAAUUUUCUUGGCAUAAUUUUCGUUCGAUUUCUGCAUGUCAUAUUAUUUUUCUUUCCUAUGACACAGGAUUAGUUAAGCAUUCUAGUUAUAAAACAACAAGCCCAUUUACUUUUUAUUAUUUUAAAGGGUAAAAUGUUUCUUUGCCUGGCGUUUGUCGUUUGUCGUUGAACUAAAAAAAAAUAGGCGAGCACGCGAGCACUGCUCGCAGGAAAUGUUAAACAGCCGCAGGAAAUUCGUUUGAAUGAAGAUUUGCUAUUGAAAAUUUGAAGGAAACCUUAACACCCAUGUCGCAUUAUGGGCGCAACAACAUAUGAUUGACAGACAUUAUUCCUUGAAUUUAAAACCAUGAUCAGAUAUGCUUAUGCACAUGCAGAUUUAGCACAAAAAUACUCCGUUGGUCUGCAGGAAGGAAAUUUUUGUCUCCAGGUUGUGCUCCCAGGAAGAAAAAAAUUUUUCCUGCCCUGUCUGCAACUACCCCAGUUUCCUGCUGAAGAAAAACUGGACAAAUAAGGAUCACCUUACUGGAUCUUUAGGGAGAACAGUUUCAUAAGCCCCCCCCCCCCAUGUAUAAGCCCACCACAUGUACUAACGCUCACCUCAUUCCAAAUAUAAGCUCCCCCCCAAAUAUAAGCCCACCCGAAUAUAAGUCCCCCGAAUAUAAGUCCCCCAAUUAAUAAUAAGCCCAGUAAUCGCUGCUUAAUACACGUUUAUUUCCCUGUUUAUGAAUGACUUGUUUAUGUCUGACUUGUUUAUUACUAACACAAAAGAUCGUCCAUGUAUAAGCCCACACGUAUAUAAGCCCCCCCCCCUUGUAUAAGCCCAUCAAAAAUCGCUUACGAAAGUAUAUAAGCCCAGGGCUUAUAGUCGGAGGUUUACGGUAAGUAAAGUCAGUCUAGUUUUACGUACAAUUACAAAUUUUAUACAAUUUUUUCAAUGUGUAUUUGCAUAGUAACAAUAGUAAUUGUCAGUAGGCUUGUCUAUCGAAAGGGAAUGCACCCCGGUUUCCUUCUGAAUUAGAACUGGACCAAUCUGGGUGACCUUUAAGGAGCCUGGAUCUUUAGGGAGAGCUGAUAGAGCAAUCCAGUAUAAAUAAAGUCAGUCUAGUUUUAGGUACAAAUUUUUUAUGCAAAUAUUUUUUAAUGUGUAUUUAUAUAGUAACAAUAGUGAUUGUCAGUAGGCUUGUGUAUCGGAAAGGCAUGGACCUAUUAGCAGCAAUCAUACCUCUGAUUUGUUCCAAAUACACUCGUGUUCAAUUUUUGAUUGGUGAGUAAAUGAUCAAUUGUGCUAUCUUAGCUAAUUCGUCUAGGUAUGGUUCGCCUUGUGUGUACAAUUGGUGAGUAGGUGAGUAAAUGGUGUACUACUAAUCAGCCUUGCAGCUGAGAGCUAGGCUGACUUGUGAAGGACGCAACUUAACCUGAAAGUCGAAAGCUUACUAAGGACGCCUCGGAUUGACGCCUCGGAUCAGGGGUGGAUUUGUAGGGGGAGGUUGCACAGGGGUGCGCACCCCUGUUGGCCUUGGUUAACAGGCGUGCAAAAACAUGAAAUUCAGAAAUAUGGCAUAAUUUCCAAGGUUUUUCCUUUUUUGAAGUCAAACUGAAGCUCACAAUUCAAUGCCCAUAUCGCACGAAAUGGCAUUUCUAGGGUUCUAAUUUUCAAAAUUUUCCGGGGGGCACACCCCUGACCCCCCAGGGAGCUCACGCCUUCGACGCUUGAGUUGUUAGGAAGCCAAUUCAUUCGAAUGCUCUCCCCCCUAAAGAAUUACGAAGAAACACUCGGCUGCUCACCCGCCCCCCCCCCCCACCUAGAAAAACCUUGCUGGAUCCACCCCCUGCCUCUGAUUGCCACCGCGUGUUUCGUAUCUGAUCCCGGAGCACAAGUACGGUGGAAAAGUCGAUUUGGGGCUUGUCCCAUCCUAUCCUGGCAACAUUACCCGUGCCCCGUGGGAGGAAACCGGAGCAAGCACCUUUGAGAACACGUGGUUUUGAUUUUCGUGUGUUUAAGCUUUGUGUACACGCACGCAGGUGUUACAAAACUUUUGAGCCCCACUGUACUUUCGUUAGAGCGUUGCCGGACUCUUUUCACAUUAGGGACCGGUCAUUAAUAAUGGGAGGGGGGGGGGGCGGUGGGUGAGAAAAGGGGGGCGGCUUCAACUAUUUUCGCCUGAAUUGGGGGCGGCCUCAAAUUGAAAAAUAUGUGACAAGGGGCAACCCCAAUUUUUUAAUACUUUCCGACUCAUUUUCAAUCUCUCGCCUUUAUCGUAUCCCACAAAAUAUUUCACCUUUUUUAGUUCCUAUAAUCGCAGUUUCCAUAGUUCAUUACGUAUAUGCAGUUCACCAUAGGAGUCGGAGUAAAUAACAACCAUUUUGAAAAUUAGUCCUCUAAUUAUUUAGGCUACACAAUGUCUUACACCAGUACUUGUCCCAUUACCUAUUUUACACCAAAAAAUGUAACGAAUUAGAUGUUGGAGUGGGGGGUUGAAAAUUUUCUAGAUGAGGGUGGGGCGUCUUGAAAAUAAAGGACUUUCGAUUCGGGGCGGCUAAAAAAUGUUCAAUAUUUAGUAUUUAUCACCCACCGCCCCCCCCCUCUCCCAUUAUUAAUGACCGGUCCCUUAGUGUCAUGCGUCCGCAGCGAGAAUCGAACCCAUGACCUCAGAGGUGGAAGGUAUACUUGCUCAUACGACCAAAGUUCAAUGUAGAGAAGGGCAAUACGUCUUGAGGAAUGAUUCUUUCACUGCUUCUCUACAGGUGGAGAAGGACCUAAGAGGGUCGUUCUCGAAGAAGUGCGUGAACAACAUCAACUCCACGACAGAGUUCAUCUACUUGGAAGUUUGAAACAUGAACACGUUCGUGAU